AUGAGAUUGAUCAUGGAAAAAGUGAAUGAAUUCUCUGAGGCUACGAGGUUAACCAUUAGCAUCCCUAAGAGCAAGAUUUAUUUUGGAGGGGUCGAUGAUGAAUCCAAGAAGAAUACUCAACAGACAACUAGGUUUGCAAUAGGAAAUUUGUCAUUUAAGUACCUCAGAGUUCCCCUGACUAACAAAAAAUUGACUGUAUAUGAUUGCCAAUCGUUGAUUGGUAGAAUGAUGGUGAGGCUAAGGCAUUGGAAUACCAUAUUAUUGUUCUAUGCAGGUAAGAAUCAACUUGUGAAGAGUGUGAUUUUUUCUAUUGUCAACUAUUAG